CCACCGCCUCAGCGCCUCUCCCUCGCUUAAAACCAAACCCACACACCCACCUCUUCUCUCUCUCUCAUCGUCUCCGCGACUCAGCCCACUCCUCUCUCUCCACCACCACCACCACCACCACCACCGCCCGCCAAGCGCGGCCCGCCCGACACAGCAGCAGCAGGAUCGGCGGAGAGGAGGGGGGAUCAUGGCGACGGCGGCGGGGAUGGGGAUCGGGGCGGCGUGCCUGGUGGCGCCGCAGGUGAGGCCGGGGAGGAGGUUGCGGCUCCAGCGGGUGCGGAGGCGGUGCGUGGCGGAGCUGAGCAGGGACGGUGGGUCGGCGCAGCGCCCGCUGGCACCGGCGCCGCUGGUGAAGCAGCCGGUCCUGCCGACCUUCCUCGUGCCGACGUCGACGCCACCCGCGCCCACGCAGUCGCCGGCGCCGGCGCCGACCCCGCCGCCGUUGCCGGACUCCGGCGUGGGGGAGAUCGAGCCCGAUCUAGAAGGUCUCACAGAAGAUUCCAUCGACAAAACAAUUUUUGUGGCUAGUGAGCAGGAGUCUGAGAUCAUGGAUGUGAAGGAGCAAGCUCAAGCUAAAGUAACACGCAGCGUUGUCUUUGUAACCGGUGAAGCUUCUCCUUAUGCAAAGUCAGGUGGACUAGGAGAUGUUUGUGGUUCACUGCCAAUUGCUCUUGCUCUUCGUGGUCAUCGUGUGAUGGUUGUAAUGCCGAGAUACAUGAACGGGGCCUUGAACAAAAAUUUUGCAAACGCAUUUUACACUGAGAAGCACAUUAAGAUUCCAUGCUUUGGCGGAGAACAUGAAGUUACUUUUUUUCACGAGUAUAGGGAUUCUGUUGAUUGGGUGUUUGUUGAUCAUCCCUCAUAUCAUAGACCUGGAAAUUUGUAUGGAGAUAAUUUUGGUGCUUUUGGCGAUAAUCAGUUCAGAUACACACUCCUGUGCUAUGCGGCGUGUGAAGCCCCAUUAAUUCUUGAACUGGGAGGAUAUAUCUAUGGACAGAAAUGCAUGUUUGUUGUGAAUGAUUGGCAUGCCAGUCUUGUGCCAGUCCUUCUUGCUGCAAAAUAUAGACCAUAUGGUGUUUACAGGGAUGCCCGCAGUGUUCUUGUCAUACAUAAUCUAGCACAUCAGGGUGUGGAGCCUGCCAGUACAUAUCCUGACCUGGGAUUGCCACCUGAAUGGUAUGGAGCAUUAGAAUGGGUGUUUCCAGAGUGGGCAAGGCGGCAUGCCCUUGACAAGGGUGAGGCAGUCAAUUUUUUAAAAGGCGCAGUUGUGACAGCAGAUCGAAUUGUGACUGUCAGCCAGGGGUAUUCAUGGGAGGUCACAACUGCUGAAGGUGGGCAAGGCCUCAAUGAGCUCUUAAGCUCCCGGAAGAGUGUAUUGAAUGGAAUUGUAAAUGGAAUUGACAUUAAUGAUUGGAACCCAUCCACAGACAAGUUUCUCCCUUAUCAUUAUUCUGUUGAUGACCUGUCCGGAAAGGCCAAGUGUAAAGCUGAAUUGCAGAAGGAGCUGGGUUUACCUAUAAGGCCCGAUGUGCCUCUGAUUGGCUUUAUUGGAAGAUUGGACUAUCAAAAAGGCAUUGAUCUAAUUAAACUUGCCAUUCCAGAUCUCAUGCGGGACAAUAUUCAAUUCGUCAUGCUUGGAUCUGGUGACCCAGGUUUUGAAGGAUGGAUGAGAUCCACAGAAUCAGGGUACAGGGAUAAAUUUCGUGGAUGGGUUGGAUUUAGUGUUCCAGUUUCCCACCGAAUAACUGCAGGUUGCGAUAUAUUGUUGAUGCCAUCCAGAUUCGAACCUUGUGGCCUCAAUCAGCUAUAUGCUAUGCAAUAUGGUACAGUGCCUGUUGUUCAUGGAACUGGAGGCCUCAGAGAUACAGUGGAGAAUUUUAACCCGUUUGCUGAGAAAGGAGAGCAGGGUACAGGGUGGGCAUUCUCGCCACUAACCAUUGAAAAAAUGCUGUGGGCAUUGCGGAUGGCAAUUUCGACAUACAGGGAACACAAGUCCUCUUGGGAGGGUCUAAUGAAGCGAGGCAUGUCAAGCGACUUUACAUGGGACCAUGCCGCCUCACAGUAUGAACAGAUCUUCGAAUGGGCCUUCAUGGAUCAACCAUAUGUCAUGUAAAUGGAUUUGAAGGAAGCAGCGAAUUUCUCCGAGGACCCUCAAUCUUCCUGUCUUUCAUGAGCGGAAUGAAAACUUUGUACACUACAUGGAAAGGGAACCAGUUAUGCAAAGUUGCAAACGAUCACUCAAGGUUACCCUUGUAGGCCUGCUACUUGGCCAAUAUGGUUCCAGUGACCAUAUGCAGAGUCAGGUUCAGAUGAAUGGCACUUGUGAGUAGUGAAGAAUAAGAUGAGGAUGCUUGAAGCGGUUUCACAUGUGGCUGAUACCACGCAAGCAACCUCUCAAUGCAUCGAAAUGUGAGUCUUGGAAUCAAUAGGAUUUAGCUCCCAUCAAUUACAGUUGUACCCUUUUUUGCUUAAUACUUUGUCGCCUGUGCUGUUCUUAUAUUUGUGUGAAGAUAAAUUUUAGUCCAUUAGGUAACUGUAUUGUUGAGUCUUAAGGUGAAGACUAAAUAGUGUUUGGAAGCUGUAGCUACUGCGAUGUCAAGUGUCAAAAGAGAUCUUGGAAAUCACAAGGUGAAGACUAAAUACUUCCUUCGUUUCACAAUGUAAGUCAUUCUAUGGAAAAUGCUAGAAUGAUUUAUAUUGUGAAAUGGAGGGAGUAGUGUUUGGAAGCAUGCGGCAUCAGUCAGGUGUGCCUUGUGUUAGCAGGCACAGGCACUCGCAUAUGCAGCACAUUUUUCCACCCCUUGUAAUCAAAUCAAGUUGCUUUAUCCAAUUAUCCUUGGCGUGAUGCCGUGAUCA